AUGGCGGUCAACACCGAGUUGAACGAGGAAUCGCUUUUUGCGCAUAACUAUUUACGCAAGCGUCACGGUUGUCCACCCCUCGAAUAUGACGAGGAAUUGGCCAAAUCCUCGCAAGUCUUCGCAGAUAAGUUGGCACACUCACCGAGGUUUAGGUACUACUACCCCACUGACUACGGAGAAAACGUCGCCUAUCGAGUCAGCGCUCGAUGUGCCAAAUUAUCCGGUAUUGAUGCAACUCUGCGAUGGUACAGGGAGAUCCUCACUUACACGUCUGGUGAAGAAAGCCAAAGAAAGUAUGGACACUUCGCACAAGUCAUUUGGAAGAAGACGAAACAAGCGGGCUUCGGAAUGGCCAAAUCGGUGGACGGUAAAAGAGUCUUCGUGGUGGGGCGUUACAAACCCCGAGGCAAUAGGCGAGCGUAUUGGGAUGAACAAGUGCCACCACCCACCGACAACACCGUCUACGUUCCCACCUCGGAGGAAAUGGGCAACUAUGAGGCCUACGUGAAGAGCAUCUUAGAUGCACUGAAUUCCAUCAGACGGGAGAACCAGUUGCCACCUCUUCGAUUAAACUCUGAGCUAAUUAAGAAAAGACGGGUAGAUCUCUCCGGACAACCCGGGGAGAAUGAGGACGAUUCCAAUUCGGAGGACGAUGACAAACAAAUGAAAAUUCCACGCACCAAGUUGAUCGACCCGACGAGGAUAGCUAAAUUAAUGUUAAAAAAUGGACAAGUCAUUCGUAAGGAUAUCACGAUGGUUGGAAUCGUCACCGUCCUAAUGCCCCAAUCCUCGACUGUUGCUAUUGCUUUCAAAUAA